UUAUCAAUUCUGCUUAUUUAUAUAUAUAAUAAUGGAAGCACUUGUUGGUGCUGACUGCCAUCAAAAGGAUGAUGCAAGACAGAAAUUAACACCUGCUUUGAAAGCUAGAAUCGAAAGAAAUCGCCAAAAGGCGUUAUUGUUACGACAAUCAAGGCUUGCAGAAAAUAGUGUGAGCGGAGAUACUGCAGUAAGGAAAUCAGGUGUAGCACACAAACUUGUUGAUACAGGAGGAGGAUUUUUCAUUGAAGAGGAUGAAGAAUCACAUCGUACAACAAAGUACAAAAGAGUUGAAGAGCCAGCUCCAGCAUUAUGUGGUGAUGAAAAUAUUUGUGAAGAUUGCAACAAUAAGUUCAGGGAAUCUUAUCUUUUAAAAACUUUUAAUCAUCCAACCUGUGAUAAAUGUAAAGACCUUGAUGAAAAACAUAAAUUGAUAACAAAAACAGAAGCAAAAAGCAAAUACCAAUUGAAUGAUAUUGACUUGGAAAAGCGAGAGCCGAUAUUGAAAUUUUUUUCAAGAAAAAAUCCUCACAAUUCUAGAUGGGGUGAAAUGAAAUUAUAUCUGGAGUCGCAAGUCAAAGAGCGAGCCCUUGAAAUUUAUGAUUCUUUCCAAGAAAUUGAAGAAAAACGUGAAACAAAAAAUGUCAAAAAGGAGGCUGCAAGAAAGAAAAAGUAUCAGAAAGUUUUGAAUAACUUGCGAAAGGAAGUUCGAAGCAGUUUAUAUACAAAAGACAUGGGCAAUCAUGAACAUGACUAUGGACUUGAAACUUGCAAAGAUGAUGAAAAUGAUAUUUGGACAAAGACCUGCAAAACCUGUGGUCAUGAGUUGACUUAUGAGAAAAUGUGAAUUAUUUUUCUCACUUCGUGACCAUCAAUCAAUUCAUGCUGUACAAAACCAUGUCCAGAAGGACCUGUUUCCUAACACCACAGUAGCUUGAAACAUUUAAGAAAAUUUUGUGAAUGAAAAAGUUUAUCUUUCCUGAAGCCCUCGAUGACAAUUGUUUAUUUAUUAGUACCGCAAUAUGCAGUGAAUUAUGGGGAAUUGACUCAUAUUCAAGUGUGAUUUUUGACUCUCUCUCUUGUAUCAUCAACUUCUUGAACAUAUUGAGACAUAUAGUGCAAAUUGUAGGGUCAGGGUAUAGUAUUGAAGCGUGUUUUACCCUAUUUCUUGCAACCAGAAAAAUUCUUGUCACACUUGACCAUUAAAAAAUUUCAACAAUGUUUUUAGAAGCGAGUCAUCUUUGAAAAAACUGUUUUGUUUUAUAUUAUCCAAAGCUGCUACCAACUAAAUAUAGAUUGCUUUUCUGAUGUAAUAGGCAAUCUCAAUUGUAAUUGAUUAUCUGAUUGAUCAAAUGAAUUUUCUUCCUUGCAUAGAUUAUAGUAGUGGUGUUUGCAGGUAGCUUCACAUUGACUACUUUCAAAGGAGUGGCAAACUAGCAACAAAUGUAAUAGGUUUGUCAUUUGUGCAGGCGUGCAGCAUUCCUAAAAGUGCUAAAAGCUUUUUCUAGUUUAUAUUUUUUGAUAUUUAUAACAUUCAGAUUUCUAAUAAUUGUUUUCAUAUCUGAAUAUAACAGGUUCCCUCAUUUGUAUUUUUUUGCAGA